CGGGUACGGACGGGAAUGCGCUGGGACAGGUGCGGGACGGCUCAGUGCUCUGGCCGCGCGUCGAGCUGCCGCCGCCGGGCUGUCGCUGUGCCGCGCACCUCAGCGGUGCCGCUCGGGCCCGGGCAGCGCCACGGGCGGCUUCACUCCUCCUGGAGAACGGAUGAGCGCCUGUACGCAGAGUCGGUGUCGGGAGGACUGGCUCCCGCCGGGCGGUGCAGGGGGAUCCCGGGGCCCCGCCCCCACCUGUACGCCGAGGGCGGUGUCCCCCGCCCGGGCAGACUUUGUCCCUGCGGUGCGGGGAUCGCUGCUUGCCGGGCCGCUCCCUUCGUGCUGCCGUCACGGACGGAGAUGUUCCUCUGCUGGCGGCCGACCCUCCUCACAAUGUAUCCUCCAGAAGAACAUUCUGCUCACACCAUGAUGUGGAUGUUCUGGCUGUUGCUGCUUUACAUCCAUUGCCCAUCGCCCAUGUUUGCUGGAGGCAUCACCCGAGUCUAUUACCUGGGGAUCCGUGAGGUGGACUGGAAUUAUGCUCCAACAGGAAUGAAUGUGUUCAGCAACCAAAGCAUUGCACGUAGCCUAAAGGCCUCGGUGUUCCUCCAGCCUGGCAAGGACAGGAUAGGAGGUACAUACAAGAAAUCUGUCUACAAGCAGUACACAGACUCCACCUAUACCUCUGAGAUUCCCAAACCAGCGUGGCUGGGGUUCCUUGGGCCCAUCAUCCGAGCAGAAGUGGGAGAUACCAUUAAAGUACACUUGAAAAACUUUGCUAGUCGGCCAUAUACAAUCCAUCCUCAUGGUGUCUUCUAUGAGAAGGACUCUGAAGGAUCCCAGUAUCCUGAUAUGUCCCCCCAGGAUCAGAAGAAGGAUGAUGCUGUCUUCCCAGGAGGGAGUUACACUUACACUUGGACUGUCCCUGAAGAUCACAGCCCAACAGCUGAUGAUCCAAACUGCUUGACAUGGAUUUAUCACUCUCACAUUGAUGCACCAAAGGACAUUGCAUCUGGGUUAAUUGGGCCAUUGGUAACAUGCAAAGAAGGCAUACUGACAGGCACUUCUCAAAGGCGCCAGGAUGUGGAUGUUGAUUUCUUCCUGAUGUUCAGUGUAGUGGAUGAGAACCUAAGCUGGUACUUGGAUGAGAACAUUGCAUCAUUCUGCACAGAUCCAGGAUCUGUAGACAAAGAUGAUGAGGAAUUCCAAGAGAGCAACAAAAUGCAUGCUAUCAAUGGUUAUGUGUUUGGGAAUCUCCCUGCACUGACAAUGUGUGCUGGGGAUCACGUAGCAUGGCACCUCUUUGGCAUGGGCAAUGAAAUUGACAUUCAUACAGCCUAUUUCCAUGGAGAAACACUCAGCAUUCGAGGUCAUAGGACAGAUGUGGCCAGCCUCUUCCCAGCCACUUUUGUUACAGCAGACAUGAUCCCUAGUAACCCUGGGAGAUGGCUACUGAGCUGUCAGCUCAGUGAUCACAUACAAGCUGGGAUGGCUGCCAUCUAUGAAGUCCGGCCAUGUUCUCGGCAAGCUCCAGAGCCCACCCUGCAGGGCAGAACUCGGAAGUACUACAUAGCUGCAAAGGAGGUGCAAUGGGACUAUGGACCUUCAGGACAUGACCGCAGCAGUGGGAAACAGCUGAGUGAGGAGGGCAGCCCUGCUGAGCUGUUUUUCAAGCGCAGCCUCUACCGAAUUGGGGGAGUCUAUUGGAAGGUGAAGUAUGUGGAGUAUACUGAUGAGAGCUUCCGUGAGGAAAAGCAGCAGUCUGAAGAAGAGCAACACCUUGGGAUACUUGGUCCUGUAAUAAAAGCUGAAGUUGGUGAUACCAUCAUGGUGACAUUUGCUAACAAAGCCUCCUGGCCAUUCAGCAUCCAGCCUCAUGGAGUGUCCUAUGGGAAGGCAUGGGAAGGGAUGCGGUAUCAUGAUGGUGUGUCUCAAAAUGGGGUGUCUGUUCCACCUCUGCACAACUAUACGUACAUUUGGACUGUACCGAAGCAUGCUGGGCCAACAUCCAGUGACCCUCCCUGCCUGACCUGGAUGUACAGCUCUGCUGUGGACCCUGUCAGAGACACCAGCUCAGGCUUGGUAGGCCCUCUGAUCAUCUGCAAGCCGGGCACUUUGGAUGAUACCAACAAACAGAAAGGUAUCGACAAAGAAUUUUACCUUCUCUUCAGUGUGUUUGAUGAGAACCUCAGCUGGUAUUUAAGUGCAAACAUAAAGUACUAUUUGAGGAUGGAAGAGACUUCUCUGAAAAAGGAUGAUGGCUUUGAGGAAUCGAACAGGAUGCAUGCCAUCAAUGGAUUUAUGUUUGGUAACUUGCCUGGGCUGGAUAUAUGUGAAGGAGAUAAUGUAUCCUGGCACCUUCUGGGAUUGGGCAGUGAAGCAGAUGUACAUAGAGCUGUGUUUCAGGGAAAUACUAUACAGAUGAAUGGUAUGCGGAAGGAUUCAGCCAACCUAUUUCCCCACACAUUUGCUACUGCCUUUAUGCAACCUGACAACAAGGGGACUUUUGAGAUCUACUGCCAGACGAGCAAUCAUUACCAAGAUGGAAUGAGGGAGCAGUACUCGGUUUCCAAUUGCAACAGGAGGGCUCUAUCUCCUGCCCUUCCAUACAGAGCAGUGCGCACAUACUAUGUAGUGGCAGAGGAGGUGGAGUGGGACUACGCACCGGACCGGAGCUGGGAGAGGGAGCGGCACAACCACUCUGCAGAGAGCUAUGCCGAUAUAUUUUUGAGCAAUAAGGAUGGACUGAUUGGCUCCAGGUAUAAGAAAGCUGUUUACAGGGAAUACAUAGAUGGGACUUUCCAGACCCCUAAGGCCAGGAUAAAUGGUGACGAACACCUGGGGAUACUAGGUCCUUUUCUGUGGGCAGAAGUGGGAGAGAUUCUCAACGUUGUAUUCAAGAAUAAUGCUUCACGACCCUACUCCAUUCAUGCCCAUGGGGUGCUGGAAAGGCAGACAGGACAGCCACAAAUAGCACAUCCUGGUGACAUAGUGACAUACCAAUGGGAAAUUCCUGAGAGGUCUGGUCCGGGGCCCGAUGAUUCAGCCUGUGUCCCUUGGAUUUACUACUCCACAGUAGACCCAGUGAAGGAUAUGUACAGCGGUCUGAUCGGACCCCUGAAGGUCUGCAGGAAAGGGGUGCUGCAAGCUGAUGGGAUCAGGAAGGAUGUAAAGAGAGAGUUUGCUCUGCUGUUCCUGGUUUUUGAUGAAAAUCAGUCCUGGUACUUAGAGGAGAACAUGCAACGUUACAGCAGUGGAAGUCACAAGGAUACUGACCUGCUGGAUGAGAAGUUUGUGGAAAGCAACAAAAUGCAUGCAAUCAACGGGAGGCUCUAUGCAAACCUGCCAGGGCUGACUAUGUUUGAAGGAGAGUGGGUGAACUGGUACCUGCUGGGAAUGGGGCAGGAGAUUGAUAUCCACACGGUCCAUUUUCAUGCUGAGACCUUCAUAUACAAGAAUGGCAAAAGCUACAGAGCAGAUGUUGUGGAUCUCUUUCCUGGCACCUUUGAAAUGGUGGAGAUGCUGGCUGGGAACCCUGGUACGUGGCUGCUUCACUGCCAUGUGUCUGAUCAUAUUCAUGCUGGCAUGGAGAUACUCUUCCAAGUCUUGCCCAGACAAGAGCCAGUGCCUGCAGUUCUGAACUAUGAUGAAGGGGCACAACCUGAGGAUGAGGAUGAUGCCCAGAAGGUCAGGCUUUUUGGAUCUAAGUUGCCUCUUGGGCAAGUAGAAGCUGCAGUCAUUAUUCUAGCCAUCGCAGGAUUGGUCCUCCUCCUAAUUGCUGCCUUCCUCCUGGGGUUCGUCAUCUACCUCCAGAGGCAAAGGAAGCUGAGGCGCAACCGGAGGUCUAUUCUGGAUGAUGGGUUCAAACUCAUGUCGAAAAAGAACUCAGGGCUAUAACAGCCCCGUGUGAACUCUGGCUGUGUCUGCGUUGUGAGCAUUGUCUGCAGCAAAGACUUCAGGGCAUCACUUCCAUUGCACGAUGGGCUUCUAGGAGCCAAGAAAGGGGACCUUUUCAACUGAAUGGAGGCAAACAAUGGGAGUGAAAGGUCCUUUUAAAAUACUUCUCUUCCAUAAGAAAAGAAAGAAUUUCCCUAUUCUGUCCGGAACAGAUACGGUCUUCAGCUGAAGCUCUUGGACCACAUUCAGUUUUACUCCAUUGCCAGAGCUGAGCUGGGCAUUGUCUCAUAACCAAACUGUGAGCCAUUAUUUCCCCCAUCCCCCCAGGUUAACUUAAUAUGUGGAUUUUUUUUUCCUGAUGAAUCAAGUAAGAACGCAGUAGACAAAAUGUUAAUCUAGAGUUGGAUUGCUGUCUUUUGAUGAAUAAUUGGACAGACAUAAAUUCAGGGCGCAAAGCAUGUCACAGUGUCUGAGAGCUGCAUUGGGGAGCAUGGCAACAGCUGUGCCUCACAAUCAGUGUUGCUGAUGCAUCCUUGCGCAGCAUCCUGUGCAGUGUGUUCUGAGCACAGGUGUCUUGUGCUGGGAGGCAAAGCUUCCCUGUGCUGCACAGCGUCUGGUGACUUCCCUGUGCCACAGUUCUGCUGGUGAAGUGCUGCACCCCAACAUCCAUACAGCUCCUCUGCAGCAGGAUCAAGGCUGCUGUGGUGUUCUAUGUUGUGGUUUGCUCUCAUACAUUUCCCUGAAGUUUUCUCGGUUCAGCUGCUGCCACAACCUGAGACAAGGGCUCAGUGCAGUGUGACCUGAGGUUUGUGCCUGGGACGGAAGUGUGGGAGUGCUCCCACCCACAGAGAGUCAGUAGCGUGCUGCUGUGACAGCUCUGGAAGAGGCUGCAGCUUCAGUGCCUGCACUCACCCAAGGGGAUGUGUGCCAUGGGGACUGCCAGGAGCAAGCACUGCUGGCAUGUGGGUUGGCACAGCACUGGCAGUCCCGAGGCCCUGUGUCUGCCAUCAAGCAAUUCCUGUCCUCCCACGGUCACACUGCCCUGUGUGGCAAUGAGCUGCUUUGUGUGCAUGACUGUCUGCCUGCUCUGCUGAGUCCCUGUGUGCGUCUGUGCUUACGUAAUUCUGUCCCUUGUCUUAAAUUGGAGAAGGUAGAAAAAUCCUUUCUGGGUAUCUUUCAGUGGCAAUUAAAGCAGAGCUAGCUGAGUAGCUCCAAUGACAAGGAACUACUGUGGGCUGUUUAGGUAUAUCACUCUUUUAUUUAGAGUGGUGGUUAUGAUGUUCUUAAUCAUGCUCAAUUCAUACUUGGUCCAGCUGCUCUUUCUUUUGGCAAAUGUGGAGAAAGUUCAUUAAUUUCCUUUCAUUAUAGUUCAUUAAGCCUGGUUAGGAGCUGGAGGGCUGUUGAGCGCUCUGAACAUGAGCGCUCUGCUCAUUGUCAGCCCCAGUUCAGCUGCUGCUGCUACAGGCUUCCCACUCUUGGGCAGAUUUUAGCUCUGUCAUCAGGAGUGAGAAUUGGGCAGGAAACUUUCGUUUACCCCCCACUUUGUUGGAAAAAGAAACAGAUAAAUAUUAUCUCCUUGCACUGAGAGAAAAAGUUGUUUUAAAUGUAUUCAUCUUAAAACAGAAAGGAGGAAGCCAUCUUUUCUUCAGUUCUUCAUCUAGAGUUCUUCAUUUAGGUUUCAGUGCUGGCUGUGAAGCAGGGGAAUAUGGGGGUUGGAGCAGGAUCCUUCACAUCCUGUGUGUUCCUUACCCAGCAGGCUGACAGGGUUUCUCCAGUGUGAUGCUGGGUUUGGGUUGAUGGGAUGCUGCUGGAGGUCUCCUCUCCAGCUCUGUUCUCAGCCCAGGCUGUGGAGGGAGCCUCACUGAGUGGCACUUCUGGUUGGACAAGACAGGACAAAGCUUUGGAGGGGGGACAGCUGUGACAAACAGUUUAUCAGUGACUUCAGUACUGCCUCAUAUCAGGAGUUGGUUCUGCUAGCUGAUGUGAGUGUGUGGAGGAGAAGGUGUUUCACUGUUCUGGUGUCUGUGAGCUGCCUGCAGCCUGUGAACAAAUGUUUGCGUUGGCAGCAUGACUUCUUAUGAGCACCCGACGGCAUGUUCUUUCUGCUCACCCCUGAUGCACAGAUGGCCACCAAGGAGUCACCUCGGCUUGAAGAGAUCAUAAGAGGCAGCACUGCUGCUCCAGGGCACGCAGUGGGAUGGGCAUGGCACUCCUCUUUUCAUUGUACUCCCAGUUUAGCAAAGUGUAAUACUUAAUGAUUUCUGAACUCUUUAAAAAUAUUCUAAAAGUGUCCUGUGAUUGUCUCUUUCUUUCUGUGAUUGUCGGAGGAAGGUGUGGGUGACCCUUGUGGUUCAACCUGAAGCAGGAUCUGGUGUGAUGUGCAUCUGUGAUACCUCUAAAAGUGAGGACAGGUGUGAAGUGCAGUUGCUCUGUGCUGAGCCGAGGCAAUAAACCUGGGGGCGCAAGCAUCUGUGUGUUUAGAUAACUUAAUGCUAAAGGAAACUAACAAAACACCCUGCUUCACUCUGUAGUGCCAUUGUAAGUACAGAACAUUUUUAUCUUUAUAGAAGAGCUCAUUUUUGAUGGGUUUCUCUUGUGGGAUAUGCAUAAGGAGCUGCUGAUGCUUCCCAUUUUAUUUGCUUACAGCAGUACUUUGUCUACAGCUCUUCCUGGGCUCCAGUCAGUUUUGGUAACCUUCUCAGAUGUUCAUCUACAGGCCCACUCACCUAUAUAGUCACCAACUCCCUCCCAGGCUGUCAUAGGUGACUGCAAAGCUGGGUUACUCAUUUACAUGGCAGCAAGUGGAUGUUUGCAACAAGGCUGAAACGAAAAGCCCUCUAUUAGUGCUGCCAUCAUGCUCAGUAAUGAGCAUAAUCAACCUGCUGCACUUAGUGGGAGCACCAUUGCUGCUGUGUUCCAGCCCGCUUUCCUUUAUGCUCCCACUUAUGCUGUAAAGAUGAGAUGAUAUACACAAGUCAAAAAGCCUUCAGCAUUUGCACAUGGAAGCACAAGAGGUUGUCUUGUUUUUUUGUUUUGUUUCCUCAAAACAUAACAGUUAAAGUCAAGUUAACCCAAGGCAUGCUGUAGAAAUAGAAUAACAUUGGUAAUUGCCUGAAUCUUUCACGUGUAGCAUAGUCUUGGGCUCUGAAUUACAUAAUGCAUGGCUUAAUGUGCAACAGCUUUGUAAUAUGUAUACACCAUGCAGACUGUUUGCUGUGGAUAUAAUUUUGUUGGCCCAGCAGAUCACAGGAACAGUGUAAGCCCACUACCUCUUGCCUUUGCUCCCUCUUGCAUUGUGUUGGAAUCACCAGGAUAAUGAUGGCAACCUCUUUGAGCUGUUGCUUCUGGAGAUGUUGCUGGGCUGUCAGCACCUGCAGAGCCCAGAGGGUGCCUGGUGAGCAGUACCAGCUUAGCGCUAGGCUCAGCCCUGUGGCCUCCUGGGCAGCUCCCCUACCAGCAGCCCUCCCACACCCAUCUGCAUCUCUGGAGAAGAGUUUCACCCAUUGCAGAGGUGCUCAGUGCCUGAGGUGUGGAUGUGACUGGCAGAGUGCAGGCAGCAGUGCCUGGCACUGUGAGUCACUGAGCACUGCCUUGCACAGCUUUUGUUCUGAGAUGAGUUUGUGAUUCUUGGUAUAGAAAUGAACCCUGAUGCUGAAGUGAACGUGAAUUUAUGCAGCUUUUCAGACAGACAAAAGUAACUUUAUACCAUGUAAAUAAAACAAACCUGGAUUCCUC